CGUGUGGAACAAAGUUGGACCAACUCACCUCAUUUCACACAUUAACUGUUGUGUUUGCGUCGAAGAAAGACAUUUUCAUUCUGCAGGCGGUCUCCACUACCUCACAGAAGAAAAAUGCUAACCCCGCUUCACUUCCCAUGGAAAAACCUGCCAAGUUGACUUGCCUAUGAGCUGGCGUGGGCCCUUCCUUACUACACACCCAGCGGGGCUUUAAAAAGGCAGGGCCGGAGGUCUCAGCAGCCACACACACUUUCUGCCAGUGCCUCUGCCUUUUGGUCGUGGUGUUUUGCGCUGAAUGCCGGUUGUGUCAACCUCUCCAGCCUCCGGGUUGCUCGGAUUAGAGAUGCAGACACCACAGCGCAGGGCCCCCAAUCUGCUGCUCAUCCUUCUGGGUCCCAUCCUGCUGGCUGUGGAUUGGGUCGCUAUGGAGAGCCAAGAGCUGUAUGAGCUUGAGAAAGAACCAUCCUAUUGGGAUGCUCAGGCGAGGGCAACACUGGAUGCUGCGUUGAAACUCCGCCCUCGAGAGCACCAGGCCAAGAACAUCAUCCUGUUCCUCGGCGACGGGAUGGGCGUGUCCACAGUGUCUGCAGCUCGAAUUCUGCAAGGUCAGAUGGAGGGCAGGUCUGGGGAGGAGACGAUGCUGACCAUGGACACUUUUCCAUAUGUGGCCCUGUCUAAGACCUACAGUGUGGAUAAGCAGGUAGCGGACAGUGCUAGCACAGCUACAGCCUACCAUUGUGGGGUGAAAGCCAAUGCUAAAACCGUUGGAGUCAGCGCUAAUGCAGUGGCCUACGAGUGCAACACCACCUUUGGUAACGAGGUCUUCUCAGUACUACGACGUGCAAAAGCACAAGGAAAAUCAGUUGGUAUCGUAACCACCACUCGUGUCCAGCAUGCCUCACCAGCUGCUGCCUAUGCCCACUCCGUCAGCCGGAGCUGGUACAGUGAUGCCGACCUUCCUUAUAGCGCCCGGCGUCAAGGCUGUGUUGACAUCGCCACCCAACUGGUCACCAAUGUUGACAUUGAUGUGAUUCUGGGGGGAGGGAGGAUGUACAUGACACCAAAAGGCACUCCAGACCCUGAGUACCCCACCUCCAACUCUCGCAAGGGGGAGCGCAAAGACAGGAGGAACCUCAUUGACGUGUGGCUGAAGGCUAAACCAAACAAGAAGUCAUACUAUGUUUGGCACAGGAAGGAGUUUGAUGAGAUAAACGUUAAAACUACUGACCGGCUCAUGGGUCUGUUUGAGCCAAAGGACAUGAGAUUUGAGGUUUACCGGAAUGACACGCGUGAUCCCUCCAUUGUGGAGAUGACAGAGAAGGCCAUUCAAAUCCUCAGCAAGAAUCCGAAAGGAUACUUCCUGUUUGUGGAAGGAGGGAGAAUAGAUCAUGGCCACCAUGAUGGCAUCGCCAAACUGGCACUGACAGAAGCUGUGAUGUUCGACCAAGCAGUUCAUCGUGCUGCACAGCUAACCAGAGAAUCCGAUACACUGACUGUUGUCACUGCUGAUCACUCUCACGUCUUCACCUUUGGUGGCAACACACCUCGAGGAAAUCCAAUCUUUGGUCUGGCACCAAAGAAAGCUGAUGACAAAAUGCCUUUCACCAGCAUCCUGUACGCCAAUGGCCCCGGUUACGUCCAUAUAAAUGGAACCAGAGGGAACAUCACAUUGGUGGAUUACUAUGAUGAGGAGUACAUGCAGCAGGCUGCCGUCCCACUCGAUGCUGAGACGCACGGCGGGGAGGAUGUGGCCAUCUACGCCAAAGGCCCGAUGGCUCACCUGUUCCACGGAGUGAAAGAGCAGAACUACGUGGCACAUGUCAUGGCCUAUGCUGCCUGUCUGGAGCCCUACACGAACUGCCCUCCUCACCCCCACACCCACACUUCCACCAGCUGUAUGAAUACACCCUCAAGCCUCCUGUUUGGCAUAAUUGGCCUUCUCUGGCUGUUUAGAUGACCCCCCCAUACACACACAUUAACACACACACACUCACGGUUGAACAAAUACAUUGUAUGCAUGCAGCAGAACAUUUGUACAGUACAUGCACACCUUCACUGUAUGCACACAGGCUGGUAAGUCAGAUUGCAGGGAUAAACAUACAUGUGUAAUAUCUCAUUUUCAAAUGCAAACUACCAUUCAGGCAUUGCAAGGUAGUUAACAUGCAAGUAUGAACAUUAAUUCACACACAAGCAGUGCUUUAAAAGCAUUUCAUGCAACUGUUGCUUAUUUUAUAAAACACUCUUUUCAACCUGUAAUGGCAACAUGACUACUAUCUUGCACAAAGUAGUUCUUUCAUUGGCUAGUUAGAUUCUUGCCCUUGUCUCAAGUUACCUACAAUCUAUGCUAGCACUCAUCACUCAGACCUAUCAAACAUUUGCAAGGAGCUGCAAUUUCCUAUGUACACAUCAAUCUGAGGCUUUACCUAGAAUAACUUGAAAUAGGCAAUCGAGUUUAGGGCUUACUGUUUAGCUUGUGGACACACAGCUGUUGAUCUACAUGUUGUUCAUUGUGUGGAUUUAAUAUAUGACUGGACGGUUGCAGAAAUCUGUACCAGGAGCCAUCAUGCCAUGCCAAGCUGCGACACCAACAGAUGUUACAAGAACUCAUAAAGAUGCUGUACCUCUUUCUGAGUCUUUCAGGAGCAUAUGUAGCUUUUAAGUUUUAUGAAAUUUCUAUCUUGACCUCAUUGGUUCCAAAUAGUUAAUCUGUUUGUCUGUCAAAUUGUCUGUCACUUGAUAUGUAAUCUAUUUGGAUUGUCCUACAUGAAUGUAUUUUAUAAGCAAAUAUUGUCAAUGUAUUUUUUAUACUGUGUAUUUGCAAAUGU